GUCAGUCCCUCUGAGAGAGCUGUGAUCCAGACCUUCAUGCUGAUUCCAGACCCAGGUGUCCAGAAGCCCCUUCAGUACUUCCCCUUGGAUGUUAACGCCCAGGCAACUCAAACUCUGUCCAGCACUGCUCAAGGUCACUCUGCAUGGCCCUCCUCCUCUGGGUGCCCAUCUUUGCACAGGCACAGCCAGUGCAGCUCCGCUGACAUCCCUCACCUUUGUUUACCACGUGGCGCUGACCACCUCCAGAAUGCCUUCAUUACCCUUGCCUCUACCACCUGGUCAUAGCUCCUCCCUGGACAUUUCCAGUAGCCCACUAACUCCUUUCCCCGCACCCACUCUCACCCUCUAGCCCCUGCUUUUGACCUGUCUGCUAGACCAACCAAGGUCUAGGAGUUGGGCAGGGGUUUCUUCAUGUAAAAAAGGGACCAUUUUUGAGUAUCUGAUAUGUAUGAUUUCACACACAAGCGUGUGCACACACACAGGCACGCACAAACCUCAAAGCUGCUUGCUCGGUUGUGUCAGAUGUUGGGACCAUUUUCUGUGACAAACCUCUUUAGUAAAGGGCUUGAAAACAUUCAGAAGUGUGCAGCCUGCUUCUGCCAGUUACAGUUGUGGGACCACAAGCAAAUUCUAUCACUCCUCAAAUGUCUCACCUUUAAAAUGAGGAAGGGAAUGUUGACUCAUGGGGAUGUGGUGAUAACUAAAGACAUAAAAUGCCUGUCACACACUACUUGCUGAUAAAAAGCCAAGGGGCCGUUCAUCUGUAAGGAGGAAGGAAGGACAGAGCUAUUUGCUGGGUGCCUGAGACACGCCAGGCUCCAGCAGAGAGCUUCUGCCUUCACAUCCCUGGAUCCUGUCAACAAACCAGUGUACCUCCCCGUGAGGUCCUGUGCUUGACCUGGGUCUCCCUCAGGGGAUGAACAAUCAGUACGUCCGCCGGGAGGUCUUCUGCCGGAACACCUGUGACGAGCUCAAACGCUUCUGGGAAAGAGAAAUUGGCAAACAGACUUACUACCGAGAAUCAGAAGAGCAUCGCCUGGGAAGAAGUGCACUGGGAAAGCUCAGAGAAGAAUGGAAGCAGAAACUGGAAACAAAGCUGAGACUGCGGAACAAUUCAGAUGAGACAGAAAAGCGGGCCAAUGUUGGCCAAGAGCUUCACUGACACAAGAGGAUACAAAGCACUGAGGUCACUCUGCCAGGACAAGCCAGUGCAAAUCCCUGAGUCCCUUUGCUACACCAUACAGAUCCCAUACUAUUGUUUCCCCCACCUGUAAAUCCUGUGGGGAUUUACCUGUGAAUCCUUCCCCACUGCUGAGUGGGAAUUAUUAGCCAAGGCAGUUCUCUCUGCAUGGGGACCAGAAUAUUAUCCCCAAUGUGUCUAAAGACGAGAUUAUCUAACAGCAAAGCUCCAUGCAGCAUACUUUAUUUCCAUAUAAUUAUCUUCUAAUUUUGAAAUCCCAAUAUUUGAAAUUCUAAGCACAUGAGGGGGGAUGAUUUUCACGGUCAUACUUUAAUCAUCGCACAUUAGUUUUGCUCCACAUUUCUCCUAGGAAACAGCACCAUGUAAUCCUUUCUCUUGUUUUCUUUUUAUGAGAAGAGAAAUGCACCUAUCUGCAGAAAUAAAAAUAUUGUAAAUAGUCCUUAAAAUAAGGUUUACAAAUUAACUGAUCUAAUAUUAUUUUUCUUCACAUGAAUUUAAUAGGCUUAUUCAAAAACAUGUUUACGUAGAACCAUUCAAUAAGAUCGGGAUAAUUUUAAUAAAACUUGGUUGCCAUGCCAUCACUGGUACACAUGCUCUUC